CCCAGCGCCGGUCGCGAUCGCCCUUCGCCUUUAAACUCACCUCUUCCUUCGCCGACCUAAUACCCAGUUUCCCCCCUUCCCCUCCCUCACGAUCCCCGCGCCGCGACAGGCCUCCCCAUUCCAGUUACAGCGCGGCUACGCCUCAGCCAACGGAUCCCGCGUCGUCGAGUCCCCAGCCGCACUCCAGGCCGCGCCGUCCGGGCUGCCGCGAGCUUCCGCCGACGCCCCACGCCGUCGACGAGCCUCUCCCAGUCGUCCCAAGCCGCCACGAGCCUCCCUCGCCAUAGCGCUCCUCUGCUGCUGUCCCCGCAGCGACGAGCUUCCGCCGACGCCCAGCACCUGUCUUGCUCGGUCCCGCCGACGCCACGCCUCCUGCCGCGUACAAGCUCACAUUCCUACAUCUACGGAAAUGCAUCCCCAUCUAACCCUACACAGGCAUCCUAUGUGUGCUGAGAUUAUCGAAGAAUUCCAGAAGUGCCAUGUGGAUCACCCCAUCAAAAAAUUCUUUGGUGAAUGCACAGAUCUUAAGAUUAAGCUUGAUCGGUGCUUCCGGCAGGAGAAAGCUGUGAAGAGAAAGGCAAACUUUGAAGAGAGCAAGAAAUUUAAAGAAAGGUUGCAGGCUUAUAAAAAGGAAAUGGCUGAGAAAGAAAAUGAAUCAUAGCUUCGAACGGAGGACAAGGACAUUCACUGAAUGCUAUUUUGCUGCAAUCCUGUGCUUCAACUUUGUGAAACGAAGUUCCGGACUUGUCUUUACUUCAUGUUUACAUCACAUAUCUACCGUUAUAAGAUUACAGCUGAGGUCAUA